AUGUUCACGGCCUCCCCGGCCUAUCUGUUGGGAGGGGUCUCGUUGCUGUCAACCGUCAUAGUCACCAUCGUUAAUGGCGUGUGCUAUGGGUUUUCGAGAGCUUCAAUGCCGCAUACUUCUUUGACUGAUGCAGUCACCGUUAGUUUCAGCAUUAUUAGUUGUUCUGUGAUCAUUUUCUUAAUAUUGAUCUUGGCGAACGAAUUGAAAACCAAUUCCAGGACACCACGGAAAGGCUGGAAAGCAACAACCUACAUUACGGGGAUUGGGUAUCUCGUCAUAGCGACUGGGGUAACGGCCGGGACUAUAGCAUGGAGCACAAUGCAAUCUGUGGUCGAGACAAAGCAAUCAGAUACUUCUAUACCCCGGCAGCCGCUGUUGGUUGCUCGCUGUGCCUUAUGGGCUAUCUCCGUCCUCACUCAAGGAAUGUUAUGCGGAGUCCUCUUGAUGACUAUGACUAAACAUGACAACCGUCAUAAGCAAUGGCCAACAUUGGUCUCAUACGAGCUCAAUACAUUGACUCCGAGUCGGCCAGGAUCGAUACGCAAAGAAAUAUCCCAUGCAGCCUCGUCCAUGGUCGAAUCGCAACGUCCCUCCGUUGACACUACGCCUCAUAAUCCAUCAUCACCUUCGCGCGCGACAUCUCGAGGCUCAACCCGAUAUUCCGGCAGGACAUUGGCCCAGUCAGACUCCAAGCGCAAUUCGCUUGACUUAAACCCAGCGCUCGUUUCCUAUCCUGAGAGCGCAACAACGCGCACCAGAGGGGACCGCAGCCAAGAAGACCAGGGCCGAUCACCACAUCUCCAACGACACAGUUCACAAAUCAAACGGUCUCUCGACAGUGUAAUGCUGCGCCCUUCGUCCACCAUAUCAUCCUCCACAGCCCAGUCGGAUGCCACCACCAGACCUCCCAAACUGAAACUGCCUGACGAAAGCAAUAUCCACCCGCUGUUCCGCUCUUCUACACGCUCUCCUCCACCGACUACUACACCAAGCACGAUGGUCCUCGCAUCUCCAGAGGCGGGUCAGACUAUUACCGUGAAGGCACUGCACAGAAUGAGGUCAACGCGCUCAGUUGGGCCGCCACCUACGCCUCGGGGUAGGUCUCCUUUAUUUGAACAAACGGACCACCUUUUUGAGGAUAUAGAGCAGAGACCGGCGUCAAUUUUGGGUUGUAGUAAUAGUCGGCUCGGUACAUAA